UAAAUGUCGAGGACACGUGUAGCAUGUGUGACACACAGAAUGCAAUUUUUCUGUAUAUAAAACAACGUUUCUGUAUAUAAAAUUUCAAAAUUGAAAUUAUUGCGUCUGUAGCUCAGUACAGUGACGAAUAAUUAUCAGCAAUAAUGGACGAGAUGCUGAGAGACGCGCGUUUCGCGCAUAUCGCGAGGGAUCCCAAGUUUCGUCGCAUUCCCAAAGCUGAGAGGAAAGUGAAGAUCGAUCAUCGAUUUAAGGGCAUGUUUAAGGAUGAAAAGUUCGCCGUGAAAUAUACCAUUGAUAAACGCGGCAGACCCGUCAAUCGAACCACCACCGAGGAUCUUAGGAAAUUUUACGAUCUGUCGAGCAGCGAAGACGAGGAUGCGUCUGUGCCGUCCACAAGCAAGAAAGACAGCGAGCAAAAGGUGAAGGAUAUCAAGGAGAAAAGGAGGGACAAGAAGAAGUCAGCGAAGGAAACCGAAUCGAAGAUCGACUCUGUAAAGGAUUCCUCAGACGAGAAGAACGAAAAUGAGAAGAGCAAGGAUGAUUCCCUGUCGAGCAGGGAAGAUUUGUCUGGAAUAAAAACAGAGGAAUCCCCCGACGAGGAAGAAUCUACUAGUGAAACCUCAGACAGCGAGGAUGAAUCUACCCAGAAAGAACUUUCUAAAAUAGAACUAGAUAAAAAUGAUAAGCAGCUGCGUAAAAAGAGGAAAGAUGAAAACGGUAGACUUACAAAUGAAAUUAAGGAGAAACUAAAGGAUCUUACUGUGAAUUAUGCCAGAGGUGAAGGUGUCCUGUUGACCGAUAGUUCUUCGGAAGAAGAAUCAUCCGAAGCUAGCGGUAAAAUAUUAUUCAAUGAAGAAGGUGCGAAAUAUCACAUGGAAAAGUUGAGGCAGUAUCAAUUGAAUCGAUUGAAAUAUUAUUAUGCUGUUGCCGAAUUUGAUUCUGCCGAAACGGCAAACAAAGUAUACACGGAAUGCGACGGUAUCGAAUACGAAUCAACUGCAACUAGAUUAGAUCUCAGAUUUAUACCGGAUGAUAUGACGUUUGAUCAGGAACCUAAAGAGACGUGUACUGAGAUUCCGGAACCCGUGAAGUAUCAACCAAGACAGUUUACAACAACGGCUUUGCAACAAGUUAAAGUCCAGUUAACGUGGGACGAAACAAAUCCGGAUCGGCAAGAAUUUACGCAAAAACUGAAUUCGGGAAAAAUACAAGAUAUUGAUGAAAAUGAUCUACAGACAUAUCUGGCGAGCGGUAGCGAGGAUGACUCAGAUACAGAAGAAAAGAAAGAUAUAACUGAAGAAACCAACGAUAAUGUAGAAUUGGAGACAAAUAAUGAUCUAAUUGGAAAGUACAAAUCUUUAUUAAAGAAUAUUGAAGAAGAAGAAGAGGCAAAGAAAAAUAAGGAUGUCGAGUUGGAAUUCUCAUGGGGCUUAGGUACCAAAGAAAAGGUUGAAAAAUUAGUCAAAGAGAGAAUGAAAAAUAAGGAAGAACUCACACCUUUUGAGCAAUAUCUAGAGAAACGCAAAGCGAAAAAGAAAGCUAAGAAAGAAGAAAGGAAGAAGCUUAAAGAAGGAAGUCAGAAAAGCGAUUCGGAAGAUUCUCUGCCGUCUGAUGUAGAUAUGAAUGACAAAUAUUUCGCGGAAGAAUUCAAAAACGGUAAAUCCUUACCGCGCAAAAAAGGAAAGGAAGAUAACAAAGCUAGUGUCAUUGAUUCGUCGAAUGAGGAGGAAGAAAAUCAACGUAAAGGCGAAUUGGAGUUGCUUUUGAUGGAUCAAGACGAGGACGGCAAAAAGCACUUCAAUAUGAAGCAGAUCGAAGAAAAUGCAACUAUGUCGAAAUCCAAACGAAAACGUCUCAACAAGAAGAAGAAUGUGCAUGAAGAAGCGAAAGAAGAUGAAUUCGAAGUUAACGUUAAAGAUCCAAGAUUUGGCGCUUUGUUUACGUCGCAUCAUUUCAAUAUCGAUCCUGCGGAUUCGCAUUACAGGAAGACAAAGGGUACGGAAGCUUUGGUAAACGAGAAGUUGAAGAGGAGAGCUGAUAACGAAGUGCACACAGAAAACGACAAGCAAUCUAAAAAGCCAAAAACAGAUGGAAAGCUGCCAACGGAAUUACAAGCUCUGGUUAAAUCUGUUAAGAAGAAAACACAAAACAUCACACAGCCAAUAAAAGGAUAGGAUAUUAUCUUUGUAUUAGUUCUAAUAUAAUUAGUUACAAGACUAUAUUUUAUAUAUUAAUAAAGAGAACUACGUUUUUCUCUUAAGA